GUGAAGAUAAAGUGACAGUGGCAGGAUGAAAGGCUGGCUGUACCUGCUGCUGUGCCUCCCACUGGCGCGUCCCGGGGUGGUGCAGGACUUUAACCAUGUGGAGCGGUGUAAAGACUCGCUCUACAUGGGCACCCCGCCAAGGGGCUACCUGAACCACGUGUACAAGAAAAUCUGCCAGCGGCUGCAGGACAGGCCGCGCUACGUGACCCUGUACGACCCCCGCAGGCGCAUGCCCGUCUACUCGGCUUACACCUUCAAAAAAUCCGACGGGGAGAAGAGCGUGGACCAGCCGUGGAUGUACGAACCUCAGCUGGCCUCAGGUCUGGGCAGCAGUAACAUGGAGCCGUUUUCUCCGUCCUCAAGCUCACGGAUGCUGUUGGACUCUCAGGCCACCCUGGAGGACUUUGCGGACGUGGUCCAGUACGAGAGAGGUCAUCUGAACCCUGACCAGCACCAGGCCGACCCGGUGGACAAAGCAGCCACUUACGCCCUCACCAAUGUCGUCCCUCAGAUCAGAGAGUUUAACAUGGGCCCGUGGGCGCAGCACGAAGACCGCAUCCGGCAGCGGCUGAACAACUACUGCCGUGGGACGGCCUACGUAGUGACCGGCACCACCACGGCCGGAAACAUGAUUCGCAGGAACAACAAUGACCGGGUGGGCAUUCCCGAAUACGUGUGGACGGCGUACUGCUGCACCGAUUUCGACCGCAACGCCCCCUACCUGGAGCGCUACCGCUUCCCCACCUUCGGAGCCUACGGCCUGAACGACCGGGUUAACAACGCCGUGGUGGAGGUGCCUCUCAAAACCCUGGAGAAGUUCCUGAAAGGACGCAUGGACGUGGACAAGAACUUCCAGAUAUUCUACAAUGACUGCAUCCCAGAUGAAAUGUAGCUUUAAUCAUCUUCCACUAUCUCUAUUGUCUAUUAUGUUACAUGCAUAUAUUAUAAAUCACCUGCUUGAUAAUAUACGUAAUAUAUGACCUUUGUUUAUUAUAAAUAGUGGUAAUUUCAUAUUUGUAGCUUAUCGCUGCUGUCGGAAGGAAACCUUGUAUCUCCAAAAUGGUCACUUUACAGGAGAAGGAAAAAACCUACUUUACUUUUAAUGCAAGUCAAUGGAACCAGACGUCUUUCCAAGUCAUUUUGGGCCGUUUCUUUUCAGCCGUUCUUCUUGAAAUUUACAAGCAAUGUAAAGAGCAACAGGCAUUUUCAAAUUUUGUCAAAAACUGAAAAAUGACAAAAAUGGAGAAACGAGCUUUUCUUCUGACAGCAGUGACAUGCAAAUCUACUGAACACCAGGAAAAUUAUGUGAUGUUAAUUUUUAAACCUGCCUGCAAACUGAAAGAUUUAAAACUGAUUGGGAAAAUAAACAAACAAACAAACAGAAAA